UCAUUCCUACAAAAUAAUUAAUUAUUUAUGUAACAGUUAUACAACUUAAUUAUAUAAUUAUAUAUUCUAUAGAGAUAAUUACCAUUAAAAAAAAAAUCGCAAGUUGAUCGAUACUUGUAUUAAUAAAUAACAUAACCUAAAAAAAAUUAAUUUCUUCAGUUUCCAAGAAGACAAUAAACAUGAAUUUUAUUUAUUCGAAAACAAACAAAAUAAAAUGUAGAUGGGAAAUACCUUCUAAUAAUAAUUAUCGAAGUGAAAAAAAAUACUUUAUAAAACCUUUAGAUUAUUGUUUGAUAACAGUAACAAUGGACUACGAACCAUCAAAUUCAGAUGUAAUUAUAGAAGUAAACAGAGAAUACAAAAUAGUACCGGGAACAGUUGCCGUUGAAGUUUAUUCAAAUAACAAAAUAAAAUACUCUGAAGUAAUUGACCAUUGGUUUGAAAACAGCUUGAAUGUAUUUGUUCCUAACUGUAGAAAUUCAAUUGAUAGUAUCGACAGUUCCUCUGAUGAUUCAGUAGCGAUGUUGGAUGAUUCCCAUGACAGUAAUUACGUAAGAAUAAAAUGCGAAAUAAUAUGGCUGGGAUGUACAAGCGAUGAUUGUUCGUCAUGUCCAUUGGUUUCAAAUUAUUUGAAUAAAAAUAACGAGGAUGACUGGAAAAUUUUCUAUCUCGACCGUACAUUGAGUGACGUCGUAUUGAUAAUCGAUGAAGAAGAAAUACCAGCGCAUAAAUUUGUUCUUGCGGCUCAUAGUCCUGUUUUUUUGGCAAUGUUCCAAUCAAAUAUGAAAGAGGCGCGCGAAAAUAGUAUUACUAUUGAAAAUAUUGACAUUGACGUUAUGAAAGAAGUAUUGAAAUUUAUGUACACUGGAGAAAUAUCAGCUGAAGAUAAUUAUGAGCUUGCAUUGAAAUUACUGGAUAUUACAGACCGAUAUCAGAUUAUGAAAUUGAAAAAUUUUUGCGAAUCAACACUAUUUCGAUAUCUGUCAUUAAACAAUGCGAUUUAUAUUGCUAUUGAAGCCGAAAAACACAAUGCUGACACACUACGUGAGAUGGCAAUUAAAUUUAUCGUAAAAAAUAUUGACACUAUUGUUUUACUCAAUGAUUAUAAGCAACUAGGAUCCACUCAUCCAGGAUUAAUGUCUGAAAUUAUUAAUUUAUUGAAAUAAUAUGAAUUUUCAUUUAGUAAAAUAAUAAAUUGUUAAAACUCAGUUAAGAAAUUAAGAAUUAAAAUAAUAACGGCAACUUGAUAAUGUUACUCGUUAAAAAAUAUUUAAUGCGCUUUUUUACACUCAAAUAAUGUUACAGUAUUUUUUGCAUCAAAAAUUUAUAGAAAAAUUAUUAUAGCCAUAGUAACAUGAGGACAGUCUGGAAUUAUUGUACAAAUUACCGAUACUUUAGAAAUUUUUAAAAUACAUUGGACAGAAUUUACAAGGUGCAUUGUAAUUUUGACAAAGCAACAGAUAAAAUUUUUACCAACUGCAUAGUAAAAUUUAUUAGAUUAAAUCAGAACAUUUAGUAUGCAGUUGGUAUAAAUUUAAUCUGUUGCUUUGUCAAAAUUACAAUGCACCUUGUAAAUUCUGUUCGAUGUAUUUUUUAAAUUUAUACAGUAUCGGUAAUUUGUACAAUAAUUCCAUACUGUCCUCAUGUUACUAUGACUAUAGUCAUUUUUCUAUAAAUUUUUUAUACAAAAAAUACCGUAAAAUUAUCUGCGUGUAAUAAUUUGCCUAUCCUUAGUUUUAGUUUUUUGUAAUUGAUUAUAUAUUUUUUAUAACUGUUUUUCAUGUUAAUUUCGUUAAAAAAAAAUUUUGGAAAAGCGUUUUUUUAAACUUCAAAACGUGACACACUGACGAACUUUUUUUGGAUUUUUGAAAAUUCAAGGAAAAUCAAUAAGGGCCAGUUUUUUUAACCGUAUUUAUUUUUAUCCGGAUUCAAAUUAAUGUUGCUAAUAUAUUUUUAUACUAAUAAUCUAUAGAUAUACUAGCAAUAAUAAUUUAAACCUGGAUUAAAAAUAAACCCUGUUUGAAACACUGGCCCUAAAUAUCUUAAUAGUAUUUGAUAUGCUAAAAAAAAAACACAGGCAUAGUUUACGAUGACAUGUUUUUGAGUGUUUUUUAAACUUCUGAAAAUUCAAAGAAAAAAAUCAAUGAUUAACUUAAAAACUAUUAAGGCCAUUCUCAGACAGUGCCUCUCACUUUUUAAAAAUUUUCAAUAGCUUUCAACUGUCAAAUUUUUAUCAAUUAAAUAAAAAAAAAUUAAAGCAUUAAUUUAAAAAAGGACAACGUAGUCGUAAUUUCGCCGAUAUAUAGAUUUAAAAAAAACAUAUUUACGCUUGAUAUCAAUUAGGAGUUAAACAAAAUUCUUUAAAUAAAUUUUCGUAAAAUCGUCAUAUCAAUUUUAUAAUUCGAAUUUUUAAAUUAUGUUUGCUAAAAUUUAUUCAUCAAAUUUCGUUAAACUCCCAAUUGAUAUCAAUUGUAAGUAAUUUUUUUUAAAUUCUAUAUCUCAACGAAAUUACGACUACGUUGUCCUUUUUUCAAUUAAGGUUUUAAUUUUUUUUUAAUUAAUUAAUAAAAUUUUAAUACGGUUAUGACAGUUGAAAGUCAUUUUAUAUUUUUAAAAAGUGGGGGCACUGUCUGAGAAUGCCCUUAACAUAUGGUAAAAAAAAAGUUCAGAUUUAAUUUAAAAUCCGUUUUUCUGGCCGUAUUCUGCACUAAAAAAAAUGAUUAAAUUUAGCAUUUUUAAUAAAGUCUAAAAAAAGUUUACAAAAGAAUCUAAAAACGUUCACUUAUCGUAUCAAGUCAAUUGAUUUUUUCUUUGGAUUUCGCUGGCUGAUAUUUAAAAAAAGUUUGUCAUGGUGUCAGGUUUUGAAGUUUAGAAUAGUCAUCACUUUUUUCGAUCUUUUUUCACACGGGAUUUAUGUUUCAUAAAACAAAUAAAUCAAAGAAAGAUAAUAUUUUGCUAUAUUAAAAAUAUUACUACUGUUGUCUGAUACAUAAAGAAUUAUUAAAUAAUAUUUGAUAUGGGUAUAAGUAUAUUAAAUAACAAAUAAAUUUAUGACUUGAUACGAGAAAACCAUAAACUAGAGUUUAAAAAUAAUAAUUGAAAAAAUAUAUGUCUAUUAGUUUGCUCAAUAGAACUGUAAUUACUCGAGGUUAAAAAUGUUAUUGCAUAUAAAAUAUUUUUGAAAAACUAUUCAGUGGUUUCAGAAACUUAGACAUUAUUA